AUGGUAAAAUAAUAAUAAUUAAAGCAUCUCACCGUAAACUCUGGUCUUCACAAGAUGAAAAAAGACUCCAAGACAUGGCAUUGCAAGGAUGGACCUAUGAACUCAUAUCUGUAGAGUUGGGUCGUACACCAGGUGCCUGCAAAUCGCGUUUGACUAUGCUCAAAAAUAAAAAUAAGUUUCAGCUACAAGAACAACAGAAAGAACAACAGGAGGUGCAGCAACAGGGACAACAACAGGAAGAACAAAAACUGGAACAACGACAAGAACAACGACAUGAACAGCAGGAAGAGCAGCAGGAACAACGACAUGAACAACAGGGACAAAAGAAGGAACAACAGGAACAACAGGAACAGCGGCAAGAACAACAGCAAGAACAACAGCAAGAACAACAGCAAGAACAACAGCAGGAACAACAACAACAACAACAACGAAAAAAGGAACAACUAGAACAACGGCAAGAACAACAACAGCAACAACAACAGGAACUACAAAAGGAACAACAAGCAAAGAAAGACAGGGAGAAAUCAAGUGGACCAUGGUCGAAUGAAGAUGAACUAUUACUGGUGCAGCUACGCGCCAUCAAGGUCCCCUUCAAAUAUAUUGUCGAUGAACUGUCUGUGCAACGUAGUAUUGGAUCUAUUCAACAUCAUUAUGCCGCCAUGAAGAUCAGAAGGUUGGCUUCCUUGGAAGAUUAUUAUAGAAAGAUUGGUAGACCUUUUGGACCAGCAACCAGAUGUCCAGAAUAUAUCACUGAUGAUAGUAGCGAUGAUGAUGAUGAUACAUGUACCGCAUUAAAGGAUACUGAAGAGGAUGGUGUGGUAGAAAGGAUGGCUGGAGAUAUGGAAAAGUUACGAAUCAAGACAUUGGACAAAGAUGGAUCCCAUAAUAUUAGUUAGCCAUUGAUAUACCUAUUUUGUUUUUGAUGUUGUUUGAAAGAAUCUAAUUUUUUAUUAUUGUCAUACAUAAAUAUUACAUAUCUAUAUAUAUUUAAAGA